AUGGAAGAGAGCUCUCCAAGACAAACCAAGAACGAGAGAGAGGAUCCUGAGGUCCGGUACCGGGGAGUUCGCCGCCGUCCAUGGGGCAAGUUCGCUGCCGAGAUCCGUGACUCCAACCGGCACGGCGUCAGAGUUUGGCUUGGCACCUUCAACACUGCUGAGGAGGCUGCCCGGGCUUAUGACCGAGCUGCUUAUGCCAUGAGAGGCAGCUUUGCUGUUCUUAACUUCCCCAAUGAGCAUCGUUCUUUAACCUCUUCUUCUUCAUCAUCAUCAUCAUCUUCUUCUUCUUCUUCUUCUUCUUCUUCUUCUUCUUCUUUGAGGAGUGGGCAAGUUAUAGAGUUGGAGUAUUUGGAUGAUAAGUUGUUAGAGGAGAUGCUUGCUCCUGAGGAGAAGGGAAACAACAACAAAUGA